AGGGCGGGAUGUAAACAGUGGAAGUCACUUCCUGCCCCGCCUACCGUGGGAAAGUGGCCUUUGAAUUUCCCAGACUCUGGCUACUGGAUCCUUCUCUGGCUUCUGGGAGGGAAUCAGAAGGAAAAUCCUAGUUGGUGUUUUGGAGAUUCUCUGCUUUCCCCUGUGCACAUUUUUCUUUGCUUUGGUGGUUUAGGACUCAGUGGUACUGUCAAGACUGACUGAGAGAAUUGAUCAAGGCUGGUUUUGCCCCAAGAGGGAGAAAAAAUGGCCGCGGAGUCCAGAGAUACGUCAUCUCCAGGUCACUUGCAGGCCGAACGAGAGAAGGGGGCGGAAGAGCAGAGACAGGUGGGGCCUGAGGCAGGGAAGGGUGGAGGCGGAGGCCCUGGCAUCAUCCAUGUGGAGAGCGUCCGGGAUUUCUGGGAAAGAACCGUCCCAGAGGAGGUGAUCCGGGAGCCCCGCAAAGGCCUGCAGCAGCGGUGGGAGUCGCAACUGCAAGAGUUCCUGAAGGCAUUGGAGUCCCCCCAGUCAGAUAGGGGCAGUCCCCAGCUCUUGGAGCCCCUUCCGAGGAACAACGCUCGGGCUUCCGUGGCCCCCUUCGAGGGGAUGGCCAACACCAGUCGGCGGCUGAGAGGGGAGAUAGCCUCCCAACUCCUGCCCAGUCUGAGAGGAGGAGCCCCCCAAGCUGAGAGAAGCCCUCUGGCCAAACAGAGCAUAGCCUGUGGGAAGGCCAGGGUGGAGCGCUUGGCCCAGGAGGCCGCCAGCUCGCACAAGGAGUGCCGUCUGUUCAGGCAGUUUGGCUACCAGGAAGCUGAAGGCCCCCGAGAAGCCUGCCGACACCUCCGAAGACUCUGCCACCAGUGGCUGAAGCCGGAGAGGCACACCAAGGAGCAGAUCCUGGAGCUGGUGAUCCUGGAGCAGUUCCUGGCCAUCUUGCCCCCGGAGAUGCAGAGAUGGGUCAGGGAAUGCAGCCCCCAGACCUGCACCCAAGCGGUGAUCCUGGCCGAAGAUUUCCUGCUGCGACAGCGAGGGAAUGAAGGGCGGGAAGAGGAGGAGGAGGAGCAGGCAACCUGCCCAUUUGCGGAGGACGACUCUGCCGAGAAGGCACCUUUGGAGAGCUGGCAGGCGUCAACGCUCCUCGGAGAGAUGAAGCAGGAGGGUGAAGGACACGCUCCUUUGUUGGGUGCUGGGAAAUUGCGCAGUAUAGAGAAGAACAACCCAGAAGGCUCUGGAGGGCUAGUGCCGCACUGGAUGCUGUCGGAAAGAGGUGAACAGAACAUUCCCCACUGCCCUGAUCAAGGGGAAUCUUCUGAGAUGCUGUAUGGUGGGAACUGUCUGGAGACAGAAGGGGGGAAAUUCAUCAACUCCCAAGGGACAUACGAGGACUUGGAUGAAAGUGUGGUGCAGCUGGGAAUCCUCCCCUGUGAGAGGGACAAUGCUUGCCACGUGUGCGGGAAAGUCUUUCGGCGGCGGUCCAACCUUAUCGCUCACGAGAGAACCCACUCGGGAGAGCGAUGGUACAACUGCUCGGAGUGCGGCAAAAGCUUUGUCAGCCGCGCCGCUUUCCUCAUCCAUCAGCGAGUGCAUACCGGGGAGAAGCCAUACAAGUGCUCUUACUGUGGGAAAGGUUUCAACACAGGCUCCAGCCUCACUCGACACAAGAGGAUCCACACGGGGGAGAAGCCGUACAAAUGCCUGGAUUGUGGGAAGCGCUUCAACGACUACUCCAACUUCAUCGUCCACAAGAGGAUCCACACGGGAGAGAAGCCGUACGAGUGCUCCGUCUGCGGGAAAAGGUUCAGCGACAAUUCGAACUUCAUCAAACACCAUCACUGAGAGGUUGAUAGGCUGUUCGUGUUGGAUUCAGGUUUUUUUCUUUACUAAACAAAUGUUGGUUUAAAAUGUGAUUAUAUAUACAUAUCAAGGCAGCAUAGAAGCCUCUCUUUGCUGGAAUGGGAUUUGUUUGUGGGGACCACAGCGAAAAAUAGGUUUCCCGCAGCCUCUGUUGCCUUGGCAAGCAAUCAGUUUCUGAGGGAGCUGUUCCAAAGAGGCAGUGGGAGGUGGCAGGCCAGGCUUCCCCCCCCUCCACUUCUGUUAAAGUAGCCUGCGAGUGUUGGUUCCUCCCCCGACUUUGACACAUACACACACACACUUAUAUCAUGUCUCCUCUCACUUGCUCUGCAACCUAUGUACCAAGUGCAACGUUUCUCAAAGUUUUUGAAUGGGGGCGGGGGCAGGGUUGGGAGAGACUUCUCAACUUCCCCUGCCUUUUGAGCCUCUUGACUGCCAGCAGCCAGUUCUUCAACAGGUGAUUAAAUGGAAUGUUCUCUGCCCGUGUCCAUGCCCGCAGCUCAUGAUGAGGGUAUCUGUGGGCUGGGGUCACGGACCCAGAAACAGUGUGGGGGCAGCUCGGUUGCCUGCCUCAAACCAGCCAGCCAGAGACAGGAGGGGCCAGAAGCUCUUCCCCCCUCCCCUCCACGUCCCUAGUUUCUCUGCAUUAGUGGUACAGUUAAACCGACUCUGGACAGUGGUCAUACCAGCAAGGGUGAGGAGUGUCUCUUCAGAAGGGAAUGCAUAUUAUUUGCUUCAAAAUGUGGCCGGCCGGCCCCUGCUCUGUUUAGGGGCCCUUUUGCUCGUGCUGCUGAGUGGGAGCGUGAGACCUCUGCCCAAAAGGCCAACCCUGACGGCACCACUAGUGGCUUAGAAUAGCCAUUUGAGUAUCUGCACUCUGAAGCCCUCUGAAGUUGGUGGAGAACUGGUCACCGGUUCUAUGCUUGCUGCAGGUUCUUCUUCCCUCCCUGGUCCCCUGUGCAGAAUCCUGUGGCCCAUCCCCUUUCUUCGAGGGGAAGGGCUGUGGCUCAGCGGUGAAGUAGUAGGCAGUGGCGGCUGGUGGCUCUGUGUCAGUGGGGCAGUGGGAUCUGCUCCAGGUUUUAGUGCAGACUUUCAAGGAGCUGUCCAAGGCCACCUCUGAACCAGCUCUCAAAGGCAUAUACGGCUUCUGUCGGUGGAGGGAGGACGUAGCCUUAAUGCAAUGUGCCGGACACGCAUGGUCAUCAGAACAGGAGAAGAGCCGAACUGUAUCAGAGCAGAGGCCAGUCACAGCCCAGCAUUCUGUUCUCCCAGGAGCCAUCCAGCUGCCCCAGUUGGAAGCCCGCAAGCGGUACCUGAGUGUAGCGGCACUCUUCCCACUUGCGAUUCCCAGCAACUGGCAUUCAGAAGCCUACGGAAUCUGGAUAAGGUAGAUUCCUAUUGCCAGUUAAAAUGUCCAUUGAGCUGCUAGAUACUAAUAAUAUUUUAUGACAUCCCCCCUGGAUGGAUUUGGAUUCCCUCUCUGGGGGGGUACCCUACUUCUUUAUGGGUGGUAUUCAACACUCGUCCUGCUCAGAGUAGACCCGUUGAAGUUAAUCAGCGUGCCUAACUUAGGUUCGUUCAUUUCAGUGGGUCUGCUUGAGGGGUGGGCAAGAAAUUGGAGUCGGUUCGCAUUGCAAGCCGAAUCUAUCAAAUCUGCGCUGUCUGAAAUGGAACAAGAACUGAAACGCAACCAUCCUUUGAAAUGUGCACGUGCUUGAAUUUUGCCAUGCAGCUUACCAACCAAUAUUUACAGAAAAAGUCUGCAUAACAAUGAAUAUACGAGUUAAAAUAACAUACAAAAAUACCUGGCGGUAUAAGAAAUUGCUUGUACAGAUGUGUACAUUAGUCAGAAAUGCCUACAAAAAUGUGUUUGUUAGGAGGAAUUUGCACCAAAAUGCUCGAGAGUUUUCAUGAAGAUUUUCAUGAAGAAGAGCCACCUGUAGAUCAUAGGAGCCAACCACCCCAUCCUUGAUUCUGAGGAAAUGCCCCACAGGGACAAGGAAAGGAUUAAUUGGGAUUCAGGAUCCCAGGGAGCAGGGCAGUCAUUUUGGCCCAGGAGCGGUUUAACAUCUGCCAGGGAUCUCCUUGGCCCGUGUCCAGCACUAAUGUGACUACCACAUUGGCUCUCGCUGACUUUUAGCAGUGGGGUCAGUAGAACUUUGUGUGCAGCCUUCCAGGGCAACAGCAUCUCUCACAGUGAGCAGUACUGUGAGGGCUAUACACUGGGAUCAGCCUCUCUUCUAAUUGUGGUGCCUGGAACUCUAAUGCUCAAACCCUGGGCAGCACUUUGGAGGUUGAAUAUGUUCCCUUUUGUUUUCGUACCUUCUGGCCUUAAAGCGGUCUAGAGGAAAAGCAAAAACUACACGCUUGUUGACACUCUCAAAGAACUCCAAUAGGUUGGUGCAACAAGGCUUACCCUUGCAGAAACCAUGCUGGCUCUGCUUCAGCAAGGCUUGUUCUAUAUGCCUGGUUAUUUUAUCUUUUAGCAAUACUUUCUACCAGUUUUCCUGGGACAGACGUUAACAUAACUGGCCUGUAAUUUCCAGGAUCCCCCUGCUGGCGGGCUUCUUGCGGGCAUCUGAUUGGCCACUGUGAGAACAGGAUGUUAGACUAGAUGGGCCACUUACCUGAUCCAACAGGGUCUUCAUAUGUUCUUAAGAAGUGCUGGUGCAGCCGUGAUAGCACUGCCCUUGGCGUAGCACUAUGGCAGUUGCCUUGGCCAAGCUGCAAGGACACCUACUAAUAAAUAGGAAAAGAGGAGCAGCAUGGAUGUGCAGAUCAGUGAGCAGGCAGCUACCCUUUCAGUGGUGUUCGUGGGGCUUUCUCUAUGUCUGAUACCCCAAGCUCAUAACCAGUUUUCUUCUGAAUACAGAGGCCUGCUUCUCUACUUACACCCAGUUACAAGGAUUGAUUGCACUUGGGGGAACCCACCCUCCUUUGUCUUGCGUUUCUUUAUGAGAUCACUGAGUUGGGUAAGAUAGUGAGCUUAGAACAGUAAUUCAUGCAGAGAGGUGACAGAUAGCCUGCUCUGGGGUUGGCUAAUUCUGUUGUGCCUGCAGAGGGGAGUGAUUUUUGGUCCAAGAUCCCCUGAUGUAGCGACGUGGCAGCAUUACUCCAGAGGAGGAAAGACCAGAGUGAAAAAUCACACAGAGAGGCAAUAGGAGUGGGUACUGUGGGCUCACACAGGCGCCUUUAAUUAUUUGGUUUUGUUUCUUGCAGCACACACCGUUUGAGAAUUACUAAGCAAUGCUGAUUUGCCUUCUUCAUACACAUUGCCCCUUCUCAUAACCAAACGUCCACUAGUCCUUGGGACGGUGCUUGUUCCUUUUGUUGACUUCUUGGGUUAUUUCAAUACCUAUCUUAAUUAAUCUAUCUCAUCUUUGUUUCUGGAUAGUAAUGAAUCAACUUUUUACAGUCAAAAGGUUCUAUGAAGAAAAAAUCCCUUCUAAGUCUCUGGAAGAGCCAAAGAUGCAAUGUUUCAUCACAGCUGGCGUUCUUUGCGGAUGCAUUAAACAGAGUGUGUGUGAGGGUGUUUUAAUAAACCCAGUAGCCAAUAUAAUGGAUGUAAGUUUUUUGUUUUAGUUUGCAUACUUAGCCCGGAAGGCCUCUCAAAGCUCCCUUGGUGCAAAGGACUUCCCUCGAGUGCUUUUAUGGUAUCCGACGUCUUUCUUGCAACCUCAUCGGUGUCGACAAAAUCUUUUCGUUGAUUGACCGAGACUACUGAUUCGUAAGCAAUACUUAAAACCAGGUCUUAAACUUGAACUUAAGGGCAAAUCUGACCCAUCUAUCAGGCAGCAAUAAAGAAGGAAGGAAGAGGGGGAAAAUGUGUGCCCUUUGCAAGCAUUGGAUAAUCAUUGGACCCACUCCAGACUGGCGUUCCUUUUGGCAACGUGCCAUAGUCACAUCAGUGGAGGAUUUAUACUGGACUGUCCACAUAUCAUUCAGCUUUCUUAUCUGUUCUGCGGUGCUUCCCCAGUGUCACUCCAUUUUUGCCGCCUGGAGAGCAGCAGCACAGCAAAAAUGGGACAAAAAACCCCACCCUGGAACAUUUGAGGUAUGCAAAGUUCAGCAGGAAGUUACGGGACAUGCAGUGAUCGGAAACAAAGGGAUGUGUCUGCCCUGAAACUUAUGCAGGCACGAACAAUACCACGUAUAACCACCUCCGGGCACCAUCAUGAGCACAAAUUGUCACGAAUGCACUAUAAAACAAAAGGACUGCUGGAGGGGCCCGUAGAGUAGAGCCAUUGAAGUCAAUGGACUUUUAAGUACUCUGUUAAUUUUGGGGGGAGGGGGUGGUCUACUCCGAAUAGGACUUAGUCACUAUCCACAGAGGCAAAUCUGGUAGGAACACCAGGUACUUUGACUUCAUUUAGUGUGACAGACUAAUGAGUGUUUAACCCUGCACAUUUUGUUGUGCCUUUUAUUACGACUUAUGGCGACCCUAUGAAUCCAAGAGCAUCUGUUAUAAACCACCCUGUUCAGAUCUUGUAAGUUCAGGUCUGUGGCUUUAUGUAGUCCAUCUCUUGUAUGGCCUUCCUCUUUUUCUAUUCUCUUCUGUUUUUCCCAGCAUUAUUGUCUUUUCUAGUGAAUCACGUCUUCUCAUUAUGUUUCCAAAGUAUGAUAACCUCAGUUUCAUCAUUGUAGCUUCUAGUGACAGUUCUGGUUUAAUUUGUUCUAACACCCAAUUUGCAGUCCAUGGUAUGCACAAAGCUCUCCUCUAACACCACAUUUCAAAUGAGUUGAUAUUUCUCUUAUCUGUUUUUUUAACUGUCCAACUUUCACAUCCAUUCACAGAGAUCGGCAAUACCAUGGUCUGAAUGAUCCUGACUUUAGUGUUCAGUGAUACAUCUUUGCAUUUGAGGACCUUUCCCUGCACAUUACAUUCAGUAUAUUCAUCAGGAUGGAUUAGGCUUCUCUUACUGGCUGUCAUGCACCUCUUACGCUCCCCUCUGCUGGGUUGCCAACUGGCCAGGGGUGGAAGUAAAGUGCAGGCCUGCUCCUGUGUCUUUAAAAGGAAUUGCUUGGUGAAGCUUUUCAUGGAAUAGAGGUUAAACUGUGAUCCUCUGCUGAUACCUCCUGAAAGGUUCAGGAUCAGGAGGUGGGGAGAAAGGCUGGCAACCCUGUGCUGCUUUUAUCCCCUGGGGUAACACCAGAAACAAAAGUCAGCCACCAUGCAGUCUGAGGCGUGUCUACUCAGAAGUUAGCUAAGGUGGGGCUUACUCCUGGGUUGGGGGUAGGGGAGAAAUUUGAUCCACUUCGCAUUUAAAGCCAAAUCUGUCAAAUUCCAAAACGAUACGAGAACCAAAGCACAGCCAUCCUUCGAAACUUGCAUUUAUCUGAAUUUGGUUACGCAGUUCUCCAAGCAGUGCUUGCAAAAAAUGCAUAUAUUAGGGGAAAGUGUGCAGAAAAAUGAUCAUAUUAGUGAAAAUAGCAUACAAAAAUGCAUUGUAUUAGGAGAAACUGCUUGCCAAAAUGAGCACGUUGCUCAAAACUGCAUACAAAAAAGGGUUUGUUAGGAGAAAUUCACACUAAAAUGUUGAAGAAUUUUGAUGAGGCUUUUUUAAAGAAAAAAAUGCAAACUGCGUUGUCACAUGUCAAUGCCAACUGGGCUGCCCCCAGUGGUGGCAUCACCAACAAGGCCUCACCUGCCAAUUGUAGGUCCAGGAUGGUUGACAUGGGGGAGGCAUUCUUUUAGGUAUUUGGGACCCAAGCCAUUUAGGGCUAUAUCUUUUAGUACGAAUAUCUUGAAUUAGGCCCAAUAGUUCACUGGAAGCCAGCGCAGUGCUUCCUAGACCUGAAACUGGAGUGCCUUCCCUAUCGCACAAAGCUUAAGUCAGGCUUGGGGAAUGGACAAGACCUGGGUUCAAACCACUUAGUUAUGAAGCUUAUUGAAUAACUUGAGGCCCACUGCUAUCUCUAAGCCUAACCUGCCUCACAGGGUUGUGAGGGUGAAAGGUGGGGCCGAUGAACUGCAUUUGCUGCUUUGAGCUCCUUGGAAGGUGGAGGGGAAAUGUUUGUUUUUACAUGACUGAAACAGGAUGUGCAAGAGACAGCUAAACAGAAUUUUCCCCCUUACCACCUCUAACACGAGACGUUGGACUCGCCCGACAAAACUGAUGUGUUUGUGGCUUCAGGACAGGCAAAUGAAAUCAUUUCUUCACCUAACACUAAACUUUUCUGGAAUUGACUUCUGCAAGGUGUACUGAGAGCUGCUGCUUCGACACCUUUAAACAGAACUGGUGGCCGGGGCUGAUGGGAAAUGUCACCCAAAAUAUCUGGAGGGCACCAGGUUGGGGAAGGCUGGUUGGCAAAUGAAUGUAGGAGAGCUCCAUGAGAGGCUAUUGGCUGGCUAUGCCUCAAUAGUAGAGCCUCCUUGCUCAGAGGCAGUGUACCUCACUCUGAGUACCAAAUGUUGGAGUCCACCAAGUCCCCAACAGAAGGGCCCACCUCCCUUUUCCCCCGAGCUUUCCAGAAACACCUAGCUGGAGCCAAAAGUCCUGAGCUGGAGGGAUCCUCAAGACCGCAGAGCAAUUCCUGUUAUGCCCUCCUUUAGGGCAAUACAUUUGGGUUUUGAGGACUUGUGGGAACAAAAGGAUCAGCACAAUGUUGUUCUGAGUGUUUAUAAAUAAAUUAAGUUUUGCCCCAGAUUGCGUGUUUCAUUCGUUUUAUUUUUUAAAAUAACAUUG